AUGGGUCGGCGAGGAAGAGCGUCUACUUUAACAGGGACGAAGCGCACGGCAUGUCUACUGGUCCUGGCUGUGCUCGCGGGUGUUUUAUCGAUAGCGUCUUCUUUCGUCGCGUCAAACGCAGCAAUCGCAUUCGGCAGACAAGGCAGGGAUAGCAGCAGCGGUACCAGGGCAGCACCGCCCCAGGGCACAGGUAGCAUGUUGUUGGAGGGAGCGCGGGGAAAACUAACAAGGCGACAGCGAUCAUCUUGCUUCGGUACGGGUGACGGGGAGGGGACAUCAUCUGCUGUCCCUGCGGCGGGCGGCAAGAACAACGCGCGGGGAGAGAGGGGGGCGGGGGCGGGGGGGGGGAUCGCACCAGCGGGACGACAACCAUCGUUGUCUUCGCAAUCGGCCGCUCCCGCCAGGACGGAGAUCCCGACAGACGUUGCUGUCGUAGGAGCGCCCCAGCAGGUGGUGGAAAAGGAGUACUCGAUCGAGGCGAUCCUUAAGGAGCUCGCUGAGAUCCAGAACCAGGGGCCAAAGAACGUCUGCGUGCUGGGGACGCGACACUGCAGUUUCUUGCACCAACAGAUAAUCGAGCUGCUGGCGUACGCGUUGGUAUUGAGCGGGAACCACGUAUUCACUUCGGGGGCCAUGGGGACGAAUGCCGCCACAAUAAGGGGCGCUCUUCGAGCAGAGCGGAAGGAGCUCUUGACGGUGGUGUUGCCACAGAGCUUGGAGAAGCAGAGCGCAGCGUCAAGAGAGCUCAUACAGAAGGUGACCAACGUCGUGACGAACCCUGUGAACGACCAUCUCCCGCUAGACGCGGCCUCCAGGCUGUGUAACUCAGACCUGCUCUCGCGGACGGAGCAGCUCAUCUGCUUCGCGUUCCACGACUCCAAGACCAUCAUAGAGACCACAAAGGAGGCAAGGUCUCUUAACAUGAUCGUCACGGAGUUGUAUCUUGACUGAUGGUGUGACGAUGUGUGCCAUUCCCCCCCGUAUGUCGUGAGUUGUUUUAGCUCUCUGGUGCGUUGUGUGCUUCACGGCAGCUUGCCAGCCCCGAGCGAUUGCUGGCCGGAUAAUAUUGAUGCAACCGGUCAUUCAUCCUGUUUUGGGCUAUAACCUGAUGCAUCCGGCCGCGUUUUGGAUUUCGCUGCCUGCCGUGAUUCUCGGAGAUGUAUGUGAUCCUUGCCUUUUCCCACCACGCUCGAUAGCUUUAUAUGGCCACGUCGGCCUGUUGCGGAUUACUUUCUAGUCCCACCCUAGCAGCUAACGGUCAUCAGGCCCGUUAGUCUAUGUCGUGUCGUGUCCACGGCAUGAUCAUCCGUCUAGUGGUAAGUCAGAUUAAAGUUUGCUGGUGCUGCUGUUGUUCUGAGCGCUUGCUGUGUACCAGUGCUUUGUGAGAAGUAGUAACCUUUGAGGCGGUUUUGAAGCGACAACAGUUCAUGCGAAACGGGUCGUUUCAAGUCGCCACGACCGUCACAGCAGCAGCGAUGCGCGAGUAUGUGCGGUCUGUUUGAGGUUGUGGUGCCGCAAACGACCGCAGCGCAAAAGCAUCUGGCGACGCUCCUGUUGCACUGCUGUAUGUACCGGCAUGGCACUUGUGUCGAUGAUGGCUAAGCUUCGCGUUUUGGACUCUACAGCAGCAGUACCAUGCACAGUUUUGCAGUGUGCAUUAGGGCUGGAGCCGGUGGCAGCCCGCGCCCCUUUUCUUUCGUCGCUGUUUUACGUUUGUUCGGGGAGAUGCUGCUGCUACUCUCUCCCUCCUGCCUCAGCCCGUGGUCGGGUCGCGCACGUUUUGGCAGCUUGAGGAGGAAUGGACCGAACUUUGCAAAAAAAAAGCGAACCCGAACAGACCCCCGAAACGACUGGUAACGUUUUGCUAGGGAGGGGGGGUUGUAGCCGGUGUAGAUAGGGCAAUGGUGACACACACCCUGGGAGUCGUUUCGAAGUUGGUCCUACGAUUAAUCGGGGGCACAGCAGUAGCGGAGUAGGGGUUUGGGAAGUGUGCCUCAAGUCUUUGAGGC